AGAUAAUUGAAGUGUACAAUAGUUUACCGAUCUGUAUCUGCACUUUAAACUACACGAUCAUUAUCGCGUCGAGAUUGACACGUCAAUUAACCUUUGAUUUCCUUGUUUUUUCAAAAAUUCCUGCCGCAGCUGACUAAGUGAAUCAAUACGACACUCGGUAAUAAACAAAAGGUAAAUGCACUUGGCAAACACGAGAUAAAGUGAAAGCGCGAAUCGAUGAUUCGUGGAAGAUGCGAAGGCUUGGGUUAAUUUCCAGACAAAACGAAGCCGAUAAGAGCCGACAAGAUAAGAUCAUGGAAAUCAAUAAAAGUGGAAAGCCGAUCAAUCACUCUCCAGUGGAUUAUCCAUGAUGACGAGACUAACAGUUUUCACGAUCUUCUGCCUCCUCGGCUUGUACCCUUCGCUCACUCAAGCGAAGUCGAAGGCUAAGGACUGUCUUCUGAACCUCAAGAAGGAUCUGCACAGUGGUCACCCACUGAUCCUUCAGCUCGAUGCACCAGACUUUCUCUAUCCGAAUGAAGCCAAGCUUAAGAUCCCGGUGAACACGACUGCUCUGCGCGUUGCCUGUCCCGCGGGAUUCAUAACAGUCAAAGCAGCUCAAACCAACCGCAGCAUCGCUGCCGUCGAGUGUUCGCUUAAGGGCAAGUUCCAAUUCGCUGGUGACGAUGAUUCAAUUCCUGCGCUCUUUUCAAUCAAGGAUUUGAAAUGCAGUCUCGGAGCGCAAUCGUCAUCGCGUCUUCUGCCAUCGGGCAACAACUCGACCUUGUCCUAUGCAGAGAUCGGUAUACAGCUGACGAUAAUCAAUGGCAACGUCACCGAAACCCAAUUCAUUCCAACUAUCCAGGAGCUCGCAUCCGGUGAACUACUGGACAACCAGCAGGUCAGGUGGUCCCGGGCUCGUGUAGCUCCGACUAUCCUGCAGCGUGAGAUAAUGAAGUUGUUACCAGCCUAUAGAAAGGGUGUAUUUUCCCCUGAAAUCGACAUGGAUCCAGCGUACGUCAGAGCCAACCAGAGGACGAGGUUCCUCGAGAUCUUCAACGAUACAGCACUGGUGGACAAGUACCUGUCCGAAGCUGAAAACAAGUACCUAGUCCAGGGCCAGCUAAUCACAGCUGAGAAUCUCUUCUACGAAGCUCAGCAGGAAUCGGCCUACGUGUACGACAACGUUUUGCCAGUAUGGCAGGUGAUCAACGGUCCCGGCGGUAACUGGAGACUUGUGGACGACCUGAUAAGGAGCCACGCAACUAUCAGCAAGGAAGGACUCAACAUCUGGUCUGGAGGGUACAUGCAGUUGUAUCUCGAGGACAGUCAAGGCGAAGAGCAACUCAUUGAGCUGACAAACGGCCUCACGAUCCCACAGUUCCUCUUCAAGUACGUCCACGAUCCAGCCAAAAACCGUGGACUGGUCUUCAUCACCAUCAACAACCCUAACCUGGAACGUGCCAGGAUCGACGACAUCAUCUGCGAGAAGUACAGCGCUUGCGACGUCCUCCACCCUGAGUUUCUAGACCCCAGUCGUGGAUUGACCUACUGCUGUCGACUCGAGAGCUUUAAGGAUCAAGCUUUACUGUUUGGGUUACCGAGCUUUCCCGACGCUCAGCCUUUGAUCUGAUGCAGUAUGGAGUAGUUUUGUUUGAUUUUGAAUGGUAGAUCGAAUUCGCAAAUUGGGAAUAGUUUUUCGGUCUAGCUACUUAAGAGUUCGAACUGGAGCAGUUCGGUUGGUUUGCUAGUACUAUGUGUAACUUUCUCGGUGGUGUAAAUACAGACUGUUUGAAAUGGAGAA